ACGCGUAAGAUCACGGGACGUAAAUUGCAUUGAACAGCAUGUAAACAAAACCUGACAAGUGUUGCUGCGUAUACAGAGAGUCUAAGAAAUGGGUGUCAAAGGUCUUCAGUCGUUUAUGGAGCGCUGCUGUCCAGGAGCCUGUGUGACGGUGAACCUCCAACAAAUGGCCAGAAAACAUGCUGACAAAAUACAGCAGGGCUUCACAACCCCAGCUAACACAUACAGCCCAACACUUGUUGUGGAUGGUAUGGCAUGCCUGCGCCACUGGUACUCGUGUAAGGACUGGGUGUGUGGAGGUCAGUGGAAGGAGUACAUGGAGGUGCUUAAGAGCUGGGUGGAGGCCUUCACCUCAGCAGGAAUACGACUGGUCUUCUUUUUUGAUGGGGUGGUGGAAGAGCAGAAAAGAAAGCAGUGGGUGAAAAGGAGACGCAGAGUGAAUGGAGAGAUUUCAAAAAUGUUUCGUCACCUGAAGGCCCAUGGUGAGCAGCCUGGUAGAGAGCUCUUUUGUCUUCCUUCUGGUCUGGCUACUUUCACACGCUUUGCUCUCAGGUUAUUGGGUCAGGAGGUGUUUUGCUCAGUGCGGGAAGCUGACUAUGAGAUUGCAAGCUAUGCUCGUCAACAUAAAAGUAUGGGCAUUCUGGGACAGGACUCAGACUUCAUCAUAUACGACAGUGCCCCUUACUUCUCUGUGGCAAAGCUGCAGAUUCGCAGCCUUACUACAGUCCUGUACAACCAAGAGAGGCUCUGUCAAACCGUUGGAUUGGAUGUUAACCAGCUACCACUGCUGGCCUGUCUCCUAGGUAACGAUGUGGUGUCUGAGGAGAAGAUGCAGCACAUCAGGAACAAUGCAAUUUCAACUUACAGGAUUAACAACCCUGUAUCACACUCUGGUGCUCCUCCGGGGCAAAUGGUGCUAGCUGUAUCCCACUUUGUGAGCUCGUUGUGGAGGAGAGAGGAGGAAGAUGUUGGGCUUAUCCUCCAUUCCCUGAACCUGUCGGCUCCUCUCAGAGAACUGCUGCAGCGGGGAAUUAGCUCAUAUAUACUUUCUGGACAGGAAGCUCUUCAGCAGGGUUACAUCUCUGCACCUUCCUCUGCCUUUGCAUUUGAGAAACACGUUAGUCCAGAAAUAUUAAAGGCCUGUAGGGAGAAGCAUGUGGCAGCAGAUGGUUUCAUGGUUUAUAGUAUUGUGUGCGAGGGAGUCAUUGAAUGUAGCAACACUCUAGAGGAUGAGGAGGACACUGAACUGUUGCCUCACGCCCUCGUCUACAAGCCCUGCAGACAACGCAUCUAUGGGCUGGUGCUGCUGCACGGGCAUGAUGGCUGCAGUGAUGACCCUCCAGUGAUCAGGGAAUGGUUUGUAUACCCUGGAAAUCCUCUGAAGGAUCCUGACAUGGUCCAUCCUGUCCCAAUCAGUCUUCCAGGUGAUCAGCCCAGUCUGGACUUACUUUGGUUUGGCACUGGCCCUGACGUAUCUGCACUGCGCUUGAUGUCCUUCUUCUCAAUUUUUGACUGCCAGGAGUUUUCAGAGUUGCACGGAGUGAUUGAAGACUCUCUCCUGGCUGCUCUCUGCCUGGUCACUUACAUUGCCCUCCAGGUACAAACUUUGUCUCAAGAGGACGUAGAUGCUUACCUGAGUCAGGCUGUGUGUCUGAGAUUAAAAUCCUCUCAGGAGCUGAAAAACAUCAAGCUGCCUGUCCUCUGCAGCCGUGCAUUGCAGCUGGGAUCUCUCUUCGUCCGGGGACUGGGCCACCUGCUGGGUGCUAACUAUGCCAGCGGCUGCCCACUGCCCAGCGCUGCCCUGAUGCCUUGGCAAUGCUUUGAUGGACGUCUGUUCCACUCAAAGUACCUGCUGGCACACAACUCUGCGGAGAAAACUGUGCUGCUAGAGAAUGAUUCAACCUGUUUGUCUGUGUUUCUCUGCUUGAGAGAAAAACUCACAGAAGCCUGCAUGAAACGAGGCAAAGUCCUGCAGUCCAGACCCAAACCACUUGAGCAAAGUCAUAAAACCACACCAGGACCCCGAUACAGAGAGAGACAAACAGGUGAGAUCUGUCAAUCUUCAGGCAGUGAUAAGAACUGGAGGGAGCAAGGGGAAAUGACAGGAAACCAACAACAUGGUGGAGGAUGGAGGGAGCAAGGGGAGAUGACAGGAGGCAGACAACAUGGUGGAGGAUGGAGGGAGCAAGGGGAGAUGACAGGAGGCCGACAACAUGGUGGAGGAUGGAGGGAGCAAGGGGAGAUGACAGGAGGCCGACAACAUGGUGGAGGAUGGAGGGAGCAAGGGGAAAUGACAGGAAACCAACAACAUGGUGGAGGAUGGAGGGAGCAAGGGGAGAUGACAGGAGGCCGACAACAUGGUGGAGGAUGGAGGGAGCAAGGGGAGAUGACAGGAGGCCAACAACAUGGUGGAGGAUGGAGGGAGCAAGGGGAGAUGACAGGAGGCCGACAACAUGGUGGAGGAUGGAGGGAGCAAGGGGAGAUGACAGGAGAAAGAAGAGAAUAUGGAAACAGAGAGGGACAGUGGGAAAGAGGAGGGUACAGAGGAGGAGGGUACAGUGGAAGGCAACAUUUUCCCCCUAAUCCUCACUCUUAUGCUGACUUCCAGGAUGAAGGGCCCUACGACACUAGCCGUCAUCCGAAACAGUCCAGAGGAGGAUCUCAUGGCAGUAGAGGAAGAUAUCAUCUGGCCUCGAGGUGGUCUCGCCCUCCUACUUCAGGGACAUAACUCCACCGUGAACCAGAGAGGUGAGAAGAAAAGAGAAGGAUUAGAGGAAAAGAUUUAAGGAAGUUAAUAGGAUGGGGAGGACAUGAUGAGAUUAGCGGAGGAAUCAAAUGUCUCUGAGCAAACUGAUUAGUGGAUCACUCAUCAGGAGUCUUUGUCUAAAGGAUGCAGGAGGUAGAGGGAAGGCAAUCAAGAGGAGGCAGAAUGAAGCAUAAGGACCCCUUCAUUUGCCUGUUUGGGUUUGUUGCGCAUGUCAAAAUAAUCUUGUGGCUGUAAGACAUUUAUUAAAAAAGCUCCUCCUUGUCUCAGGGAAAGUUACCUGUUUAACUGUGACAGUGAAUGAACAGCAAGGAUGAGCACUCUCCAAACAAACACACAGAUGACCCCAAACACACUGAGAAGUGGAUUAAUGGCUAAUCCUCAAGCCGGUUUUACCCCUUAUCUUUGUCAAUAAAAGGGAGAAGAUCUUUGAAGCUUUGCUUCCAGUAGCAUAAUCUUCUGAUGGGACUGGUUUUAAGUGGAGGAACAGUAUGGCCAGUAUCAUCUGUCAACUGAACUGAGGCAUCAGACACACAGAUUAUUAGGGACAAAAACAAAGUGAAGGAAUAUACGUUUCUGUUUUUUUCUUAACACAGAAGAAAGUGAGUUAUCUGUUUGUCCCAUAAAUACAGACAAACGUUUAUAUAUGCCACUGUUCUCUUCUUGGUCUGCCGAUAAAUUGUCUUGAUUCCGAGCCCUGAUAAAUGAUCAACACUUAUUCUGGUGUUAGGGGCUUCAGGUUGCAUACAUUUAUUGAUAUUAAUUAAUGACUGGUUUGAGUAUUUGAUCAGUCUUGAUACAAAUUUAAAUGUCUUCAAAUAAUAAACAUGAAAAACAUUCA